AUGUUUUCUCCUCGCCGGCUCCGACUUUUCCUGGUUUCUGCUGUGGUACUGGUUUGUUUCAUACUAUAUUUCACAGGAGAUGUCCGGCGUGCGCAGGCAUUAAGAGCUACCAGCACAUCGCAAAUGGGAACAUCAAACCCCAAUUCCAAGGGAUCAUCACCAGGAAAUCAUGGCUAUGGCAAAGAUAGCGACGGCGGUGUCUUUGAUAAGCUGAGGCCUGGUUCUCUGCGGCCAGGAGAGAAGACAAAGCCAGACAUAGCAGACAACUCAAAGACGCAGACGGCGCUUCCAGGCAAAGAAGAGAAAGUGAAAGGGAAAGAUACAGAAACGGAGGAGACAAAGAGUGAGGAUGAGACGGUCAAGGAAGAGAUGAACGCCAUCCUGAAGAGAUCUCCAAUUAUUAUAUUCUCCAAGUCGUACUGUCCUUAUAGUAAGAAGGCAAAGUACUUCAUGCUGGAGAAGUAUGAUAUCUCUCCCGUCCCCUUUGUGGUCGAGCUGGACGAACAUCCGCUGGGCAAGAAGCUGCAGGACCUGCUGGCGACCAACACCGGCCGCAGGACAGUGCCUAACGUCCUCGUCAACGGCAAGACCAUCGGUGGCGGAGACGACAUUGAGGCCUUGUACUUGUCUGGCGAGCUGGGGACGAAGCUGCAGACUCUCGGCGGGAAGAGAGUGACAGCCGCCCCCCACAGCGAAGGCCCGGAGCCAUAA